ACACUCGACAAGCCUUCUAUCGCAAGCCGCCAACAGCAACAACAUCAUGGCGGACGACGAUGGCUGGGAGACGGUUCCCCAAAAAACGGACAAGAAGCGCCAAGCCAAAGCCAACAAAGCCAUGGGUGUUCUUCCGUGGAUCUCGCACAUUCCUCCGACCGACCAAAAUUCGGACUUUGCGCCCAGUGUGCUGCUUUUGUGUGGAAUUCCCGGAUCCGGAAAGAGCACCUUUGCUUCGAGCCUUCAAACAGCAAUGCCGUACAAAUUUGUGCGCAUCAAUCAAGACGAAUUGGGGAAUCGACUCAAAUGCGAAGAACUGGCUCGUACAGCCUUGACCAAUCGACAAGUGGCCGUGAUUGAUCGGUGCAAUUUUGACCCAAAACAACGAUCCUCGUUUGUCAACAUUGCGGCCGAAUUUGGAGUUCCCGUGGAUUGUGUGGUCUUGUCCCUAGACUCCUUGGUGACGGUGGACGACUGCAUUCGACGGUGCCAACAACGACGCAAUCAUCCUGGACUUUCGGCCCAAGACGCCAAGGGUGUGGUGCUGCAAAUGGCCAAACAAAUGAGUCCACCACCCAAGAAUAAUAAUACAGAGGGGAUUCGCAAAGUGGUUCACAUUACGGAUGUCAACAUGUUCAAUGAUACUCUGGUGACUUUUAUGAAUCAAAAGUAAUACUAACUAAUAAGACAUAGUAUAUAUAUCAUGCAUGCUG